AUGAAGGCCAUCCGGCGGUCUCUCAAGGGCGACAGGGACUCCAGACCCCAUCACCACCACGUCUCCAUCACCCCCAAGUCCGCCCUCGCCAUCCUCCCCCCGAAAAAGGUCAUCAAAGCGUUGUAUGACUACGAGCCCCCGCCCGGCAACACCCAGGAAUUGGCCUUCAGCAAGGGCGAUUUCUUCCACGUCAUCAGCCGCGAGGACGACACCGAGUGGUACGAAGCGUGCAACCCGCUCAUCCCCAACGCCAGAGGCCUCGUCCCCGUCUCGUACUUCGAGGUGAUCGGCAAGACUGAGCGACACAGCGCCGGCUCGUCCGACGGCCACAAGCAGGAGCCGCACGACUCGGGUUUCGCAGAGCGUGCUGUCCACGACCGACGCGACUCGACGACCACCACCCAGCAAGGCGGCCGCUCCAGGAUGUCGUCGCUCGGCAAAAGCGCGACCGCCAUGGUCUAUGGCGUCGUGCAGUAUGAUUUCCACGCCGAACGGCCCGACGAGUUGGAGGCCAAGGCCGGUGAGGCCAUCAUCGUCAUCGCCAUCUCGAACCCGGAGUGGUUCGUCGCCAAACCGAUCGGUCGCCUCGGUGGUCCCGGUCUGAUCCCCGUGUCGUUCGUGGAGCUGAGGGACAUGACCACCGGCCUGCCCGUUGCCGAUCCCCUCGAGGCGGUCAAGCGAGCGGGCGUGCCCCGCGUGGAGGAGUGGAAGAAGAUGACUGCCGAAUACAAGAACAGCAGCAUUACCCUGGGCAAGCUGGACUCUGCGACGUCGGUGCAGUCCGUCACCAGUGGCAUGGAGAAGAUGUCCAUGCACAGCAACGGCAGCCACGUCAGCCACGACCAUGGAUACAAUCAACGAACUUCUGGCAAGGCAGCAUAUCCUCAUCAACCAGUAUACAAUCAACAGCAGCAUCAGGCCCCGCCGCAGCAACAGCAGAAUCACAGGAAGCUCCUGGCCCCGGUAUCCGCGUCGAUUCCGCGGUACUGUUUCGACAACGACAAAUACUGGUACAUUAUCGAGGCGAGGAUGGAGGACGGCAGUUGCUGGGAAUUGUCGAGAUACUAUCAUGACUUCUACGACUUUCAGAUCGCCUUGUUGGCGCAGUUCGAGGAAGAAGCCGGCAACAAGGGCAAGCCACGGACGCUGCCGUACAUGCCGGGGCCGGUCACGCACGUCACAGAUGCCAUCUCCAACGGACGACGCCAGAAUCUGGAUGAGUACAUUAAGAAGCUGCUCGCCAUGCCGCCCCACAUCUCGCGCUGCCAGCUGGUUCGCGAACUGUUCGCGCCUCGUCCGGGCGACUUUGAGAUUGAUCCGAGUGCGAUGGAGGAUAACAACUGCCGUCUGUCGGGUGAGUCGCAGCAGUCGUCGGCCCACGAUGCCUCGCGCGACUCGCGGCAGUCCUCGCAAGGGCACAUGAGUACGUCGACCGCUGGAUAUGCGGCGCCAGUGAGCGCGCCAGCGAGUUUGGCCCCAGCAAGUGCAAGUGCCAGUGCCAGUGCAAGUGCGGGUGCUCAAAACCGGCCGCCUCAUCAGCGCUCGCAGGCGUCGCAAAGCAGCAAUGCCUCGCAAUCGCGGACGGACCUGCAGCCGCCGAUGAAUCGGCAGCCCAGCUCGCUGACGCAGGUAUCCAACACCUCCAGCACGACGGGGGCGAUGAAAGUAAAGGUGUUCUUCCAGGACGAUAUCAUCGCGCUGCGCGUGUCGAACGACGUCAACUUCCAACAGCUGCAGGACAAGCUGCGGGAGCGGCUCAAGGUGAACAACGACGAGAUGGUGAUCCAGUACAAGGACGAGCAGACGAGCGGGUUUGUCGACAUGCUGAGCGACAACGAUCUGGAUAUGGCGCUGCAGCGGAACUCGAAGUUGACGCUGCGGGUAACGGUGGCAUGA